AUGGUAAAUUCAAAUGAAGUUAGUGAUUGCCUUAACCUUAUCACACAGGCGUUUGAUCAAUGUAAGAAGAUGCUGAAUGAAUUAAAUGUUGUUAAAGUGAAUACCGAAGAUACUGCUGGUGCAGCGCAGAUUGUAGCCUCUAAAGGCGUACGAGACACCGGAGCAAUUGCCAGUUCUCGCGCAGCAGAAAUAUAUGGGCUCCAUAUUCUCUCAAAAAAAUUAGAGGAUUAUUCAGACAAUGUCACACGCUUUCUAAUUCUAGCUAGGGAGCCUAUAAUGCCGGGAACUGACAAACCUUAUAAGACAAGUAUUGUCUUUACAUUAGAAGAAGGCCUGGGAGUAUUGUUCAAAGCUUUAGCAGUUUUUUCUCUUAGGGACAUCAAUUUGUCCAAGGAAGUAGCUCAGGUUAAUGAUCGUUUUCCGAAUGAAGAACUUGAUUUCAAUUUUGAUUAUGAUGCUGCAACUUUUUUUAAGCAGGAAGAACUUUGGAGCUCUGAUUUUGAGACAGUUUCUGCAAUGCCUAACAAUAUGUGGAGUGAUGUUGGUAACUAUGAGUAUCCUGAGUUCAUUACGCUAGGUGGCGAGUUGUCUGAUUUCUGGAAUCUAGCCGAUUCUGGUGCUGAAAAUUGGCUAAGUGGUGAACCUAGCAAGUCGCAGAAAACCGACCAAUAUUGA